GCAAGCCGAGUCAAGCUUGAUACGUUGGUGUCACGCACGUGUGGUGUUUGGACUGGAUUUGUACCUCUUCCUCGAACCAGAGUGCGGUAUACUUGUGGGGAAAAUUAUUACCAACACAGAGGUUGGAAACAGAAAUGGCGUCCCCAUCCAAGUCCCCCACCACCCAGAGUCCAGGGAAGUCUGGACGGCUCAGUAGUCAGCCGUCAGAACUCAUGCUGCCCACACAACGGGUCAAAAUGAUCAUGAAGAGCUGUCCAGAUGUGGAGACAGUUCCUCAGGAAAGCUUGUACCUCAUAACCAAAGCUACAGAGCUCUUCAUUCAGUACCUGACCCAGCAGGCUCACAGUCAGGCCACUGAUACCUCCUCCCUGCGCUAUGAUGACCUGGCUACAGUCGUCCACUCCCUGGACCACCUCGAGUUCUUGAGGGAGACCAUACCUCAAAAGAUAACUUGGGCCGAGGCACAGAAACUCAUGGAACAGUAUGAUAAUAAAUUUGAAGGAUUUCAUUAAAGGUCACAAAAAGUGCAUUUUUAUAAUGACAUGAAAAAGGGUGAUUAACUUAUAGGCAACUAUUGUUAGCUUUGUUAACAAUAGAAUUUUCUCUUGGUAAGAAUAUUUCAUCAUGUCAGAGUGUACCUGGUACUGAAGAGUGUUUCCCUGAGAUUGAUUGAAUAUCAAAUACAUGUUCUUCAUUAGUGUGAUUUUGUGAUGUUCUGUGUUUGAACAGUAAAUAUCUCAGGAAAUUGCUACUCUGUGAACUUAAGAAAAAAAACAUAUGAUAGUAUUAAAAAGGCAUGAAUAAACUUAGUGUCUAUAUACUGGAGGACAAACUAUAAUUGUCACUGUGUUCAGUUGAGGCUGACAAAGCAUCUUGUCUCGUAAUGUUUGCCAUAUCAGUCUUUCCUGCUCACAUCAAAAAGACAGUAAGACAGAUAGGUUGUUGCUGUUAAACUCAUAUAGGUGUAAAUUCAUUAAAUUAUAUGUAUAUAUUUUUAAUUGGUUUGCAGUAAGCAGUCAGUAUUAAGGAAAUUGUAUUAGGAUGUAAAGCUAUAUUCAUGAUGUGACAACAUAAUAUUUAGCACUUUGAAUAUUUUUGUGAUGUCAUGAGAAUCAUAUUAGCUUUAAGUGCUGCCUUCCAGUGUUUCUUUUAAUAGAUUUAAAUUAUCUAUUUAACUCCUAAUUGCAUAGUUUUUAUGAUAGUGAAGUACCAUGCAACAUUUGCUGGCUGUAUCAGGUAGCCUAUUGUUUAACAGAAUAGAUAUUAUCAUUGUAUUUUAUCCAUUGUGUAAAAUUACACAAAAAAAAAUAAUUAAAAUGGAAAGUGAAAUUUAAA